AGGCGACUGGCAUUGUUGGCUUCCUGUAUCGUCUUGGAGGCGACGCGGCGUGAUUGAAUUUGAGGCGUCUUCGCAUUCACUCACAGGUCAAAAUGCAAAUCUUCGUGAAGACCCUGACCGGCAAGACCAUCACUCUGGAGGUGGAGCCCAGUGACACCAUCGAGAACGUGAAGGCCAAGAUCCAGGAUAAGGAAGGCAUUCCCCCUGACCAGCAGAGGCUCAUCUUUGCCGGCAAACAGCUGGAAGAUGGCUGCACUCUUUCUGAUUACAACAUCCAGAAAGAGUCGACCCUGCACCUGGUCCUUCGUCUGAGGGGUGGCUGUUAAUUCUUCAGUCUUCUGUUCAUAAUGCCCAAUGAUGGCAUCGUUCUGCACUCUAGCCAUUUACCCCAAUUUAAGUUUAGAGAUUACCGGUUUCAGUAAUAGCUGAACCUGUUCAAAAUGUUAAUAAAAGUUUUCUUGCAUGGUAAAAAAAAAAAA